GUGUGGACCGAGAGGGCGGCGGAGGCUGCGGCAGCGUCGAGGGUCCGCGCCUGGGGCUGUGAGUGGAUUGUAUCCGACCUACCUAGUCCUGACUGUGUCCGUGCGUGAGUGGACGGCGUCCGAGACGAUGACUCUGAAUGGCGGCGGCAGCGGAGCGGGCGGGAGCCGCGGCGGGGGCCGGGAGCGCGAGCGCCGUCGGGGCAGCACACCCUGGGGCCCGGCGCCCCCGCUGCACCGCCGAAGCAUGCCGGUGGACGAGCGCGACUUGCAGGCGGCGCUGGCUCCGGGCGCUCUGGCAACGGCCGAGGCCGGGACCGCGGCCCAGGGUCCGAGGCUGGACUGGCCCGAGGGCUCCUCUGACUCGCUCAGCUCCGGAGGCAGCGAUUCAGACGAGAGCGUUUACAAAGUGCUGCUGCUGGGGGCCCCUGGUGUCGGCAAGAGCGCUCUGGCGCGCAUCUUCGGUGGAGUAGAAGAUGGGCCUGAGGCGGAGGCUGCAGGGCACACGUAUGAUCGCUCCAUCAUGGUGGACGGAGAAGAGGCAUCGCUCAUGGUCUAUGACAUCUGGGAGCAGGAUGGGGGCCACUGGCUACCUGGCCACUGCAUGGCCAUGGGAGAUGCAUAUGUCAUCGUGUACUCGGUGACAGACAAGGACAGCUUUGAGAAGGCCUCAGAGCUGCGGGUCCAGUUGCGGCGGGCUCGACAGACAGACGACGUGCCCAUCAUCCUAGUGGGCAACAAGAGUGACCUGGUGCGCUCUCGUGAGGUCUCCUUGGAUGAGGGCCGGGCCUGCGCCGUGGUCUUCGACUGCAAGUUUAUCGAGACCUCAGCUGCGUUGCACCACAAUGUCCAGGCACUGUUCGAGGGUGUCGUGCGUCAGAUACGCCUGCGCAGGGACAGCAAAGAGGCCAACGCACGUCGGCAAGCGGGUACCCGGCGGCGAGAGAGCCUCGGCAAGAAGGCGAAGCGCUUCCUGGGCCGCAUCGUCGCAAGAAAUAGCCGCAAGAUGGCCUUGCGUGCCAAGUCUAAGUCCUGCCACGACCUCUCUGUGCUCUAGGCCCGGAGGCACUCGCUGUGUUCUGCAGACGGAUGGGCAGAUUGGUGGGCUGGCCCAGCCAACCGCCCAAGUGCCUCAGGGCUGGCUCGGACUCUGGGCCUGGACACCUCAUGGUCAUGGACAGACUCUGCUGCCGAGGGAGGUGGCUCCCAGUGGCCGUCGAGGGUUGGGCCCUCAGAGAUGCCUACACAGGCCCAAAUGCGUCCCCAGCAGCAGCUGGAGCCCAGCCCCCAGGGCAGGCCUGUGAGUCCGGAGAGGACUCUAUACCUGUGGUGCGUGUGUCCUGCGGGGAGGCUGUUCAGUGCAGUGGCUAUUUGUUUACAUGCAGAUUUUUGUAAUAAAGACUAUUUCCUGAUA